UACACAACACCGAUGAAUAAUCAUUGAAUUGCACACACAAACGCACGAAUACCGACCCUACCUUUUGGUGUCGAGCAGCGCACACCGUUCGUUCGUUCAUAUUGUUGUUUGUGUGUUUUUCUCAUUCGUUUCGGCUAACGUAUGAAACACUGAAAAAAAGCAACCGUGUGCGCUAGCGGCACGAUGAAUAACAUCAUUUUCUCUCAGUUGAACGAGAGCCUUUGAUGUGAACAGUUUGAGGUGUGUUGUUGCAAAUUGCGCGCUCACCAUCCGAGCAAAAAAAUUAAAGUAAGCGAAGAAGCAUUUUAUCAUCGUUGUUACAUUGCUUUGCACAAAACUGGAAAUGAGCAAAUUGCUACGUGUCUUUCGUAUCCACUUGUUAGAAAAUUCCGAAACAGUGGCUCAUUGAGAAUUGAGCACAUGCUAAAACAAAAGCCCGGUGUGUCUGUGCCGAAAAAAAGAGGUAGAGAUUUUGCCGAGUGAUUGAAAGUGAAGAAGAACAAACGAAAACAAAAAGAGACACAAGACAGAAUCAUCAUCAUCAUUGAAAGUUAUUUGUUGAGCGCAAAAGAGUCACCGCCACAACAUAGCAGCCACACAUUAAACAGCAGAUUUUUUUUACCUUGUUGUUAGUUUCAUCUUUCUUCGAAUUCAUUUCUUUCGUGUGUGUGUUUUUUUUUUCGGUGUGUCGAAACGAAGAGAGUUUACAUCGGCCGCAAGAAAGAGACUCAGAAAAAGUGAAUCAGAAUUAAAUUCUCAGUGAAUUUUUCCCAGGCAUAUGAAUCGUCGUGGCCAUCCAACACACAGCAUACGCAUGUACGCAAUACAACCGUGUUGAAUUAAUAGAAACGGAAGAAAACAAAAACCGACGACCAGCCCAUUCAAUUUGUGAGUGAGUGCCGAAGUAAAUUAAGAAACAAAAAAAAAUUCUUAUUACACGAACUUGGGAUGAAGGAACGAACGAAUGAAAAAAAAAUAACCCAACAAUGAAACGAAGCAUCAACCAUCGAAGAUAGAAGACGAAGCACAGGGAAAAGAACGAAAGAAAGAAAAAAAACAAUCACAUCAUCAUACAAGAAAACACAUCUCUAGUGCAUUGUAGCAUUUGAGAACGCGGAGACUGUGAGUAACACGAAAAAAACAACAAAAACUACAGGAAAAGAACUGAAUCAACCGACCAAACCAGAGUGAAGUCAUUUUCUUCUUCUCUCAGUGCAAGUACAUUGAUUCAGUGUGCAAGUGAGUGAAUGAGGGAUAAAAAAAUAACAAUUCAGAGAAAUAACAACAACGAAUUUGUAAUAGCUGUUGUUAUUAUUGUUGCUUGCUAGCCCCUUUGCGUUUUAAUUGUGUGCAUUCAUAUUUUGAGUGUGUGUGCGUGCGCGUUGUCUCUUUUUUUUGGUUUCUGUUCGCAGUCCGAGCAAGAACAAAUCGUGUCUGAGUCGAUUGUGUGUGACUGCAUUUACAACAAUCGGAGUCGUUGUUAAAUCAUCAUCCAAGCAACAGAGCAACGGCAUAUUAGAAUAUACUUUAGCCGACACGAGAAGCAACAAAAAUUAUCGAAUAUAAUUCACACAUAAGUAAACACUGCAAUUGCAUUUUAAUUAGUUAAGUGGUGAAACUAAAUGAAACCAAAUAAGAGCUCAGUUUCAGGUGCUUCGUUGAGUGCGCCGUCGCCGUACCUGUCAUUGAUUGUCAUAUUUUUCCUGUAUUCCAUGCAAACAAACACGAUAUUCAUUUGCACUUGCAACACACACUACGCACAAACAACGAGUUCUUCGAGAAAACAGUUUUUUUUUUUCGUCAAUGUUUUGAACAAACCAGUGCCACAGUAGUUCUGAUUUGACCAGUGUUUCGUGUCGACUUCAAUUAAAAAACCAGAGUUUGAGUGAAGCAAAUGAGGGAAACAAACCACACGAAAAGUACAAAAUAAAAACAACAACAACAUUCAGUUUAAAUGGCACUUUCGUAAAUUACAUAUUUACAUACAAAUUGUAUACGGCUUUUAGGAGAACGGUCACAAGAAACGAAAUCAAUUUGGUGGCAUUUUCUUGAUGUGAAUGCGCCCCAAGAAUAAUAACAACGCGAAUGUUGAAGGAAAAAAACACAACAACCUAACCAGAACUAUUGAACAUUUCAUCGGAAUGUGUUAAUUGAAAAUCUUUACACUUGCAGAGCUCAAAAGAGAGAGAGAAAGAGAGAGAACGGGAAAAAAAUUUAACGCAAAACACAAAUAACAAUUUGUUUGAAGAAUUUAUUGUUAUAAAAGUGUAGUAUUGUGUUCGUGUAAUUUACUUUUGCGGAACGGUUCAGUUUGAUCGGUUUUUCCAAUUCGGGUUUGACCGCGUACUCUGUGUGAAUCUGAAUUGGUGUAUGUUCGUGCAGCCACAACACUUGCCAUCAAGCUCAUUCGAACACAUAAAGAUAUUAAUUCGAUACGUGCAUCUGACCCCCUUUUUAGAAUAUUAAGCUUGCUUGUUAACGUCAUCGUCGUAGUCGUCGUCGUUGUUGCUGUUUCCAAUUAGAAGCUGAAAAUAAAGCUUAUUACCCCAAAGGACGCGACUUUGAUCAAAUAUAUAAAGCAACAUAAUCGUUAUAUUACGGCAGUCGGUGAAGGAAAAAAGAGUUAUGCAAACAGCAAAUCGACUAUCCAGCCCAAAAGCAUAACAGCACACACAUUCGGCUUCUCAUGCACGAGUCAACAAUGAAUCGCAUGCAAAACAUAUUUUGCUAAUUCAUUUGAAUUUGAUUGCGUGGCCGUUACAUUGGAAACAAGUUAAGAAAAAAAAAUCCAUAACUGGACACAUCCUCAUCCGAAAUAGAAUCGACAGAGAGAAGAAGAAAUUUUGGUCGACAGCGCGAAGAGAGAAGAGAUAAAUAUCCAAUCAAAUCAAUUGCGAAAAUCUUGAAAAAGACCAAAGACCAAAGGCCGAAACCAACGAAAUUGAUUACGAAAGACAGGCGAACAGUGCUCCGGCACGUAACUAUUUAGUUUACAUGUGAAUUGCAAAGUGCCCGAAUCGAUCGACGGCGAGAUUUAUGUGACGACAGAACAACAAACCAAUUCAAACUCAUAAAACAUUUCGAAAGAGAAAGAGAGAGAGAGAGAAAGAUGCCAUCGGGUAACGUGCCAACGACACCAACGACACCAACAUCACCAACAGCAUCGAAUGCAGUUGAGCCACAGAACGAACACAGCUCCAGCAAAAUGCAGCGACAAAUGUCCUACGAUCCCACGGAGUACGUGCAACGGGCUCGUGUAACAAAAGCAGCACCACCGAAACCGGCCGCCAAUCCAUUGCAAUUUGUACAAAUGAAACCGUGUAAUUUGUUCAGAAGUGCACAGGAGCAACUGAAACGUGCCGAAGAAGUGAAAAAGGUCAAAGAGAUCGUGAAAGAAGAACCGGAAGAUUGGCAAAGCAAUUUGGACAAUUGGAAAUCCGGUCGCAGAAAACGUGUUGAACAUAUUAUCGAUCGCGUUGUUGAAGCGAAAAAACUUGAAUUGGAAGAGUUCGACCGUAAUCGAAAGAAAUCGAAAACAUUUUCCGAAAUGAUGGAAGAAAGAGAGUCAAAAGGCAGAAAAUAUUCGUUGCCCGUCGUAUACAAUGAUGACGUGGAUGCAAACGAUUUUAAUGGGAUUGGAUACCGAGCCAACGAUACGAUCAGCGGUAUGAGCAGCGUGUCCGAGGAUUAUGAGAAUCAGAGUGUUAACAGCGAUAAUGCGUUGGACAGCGAUAAAAAUCGUUUUAUCGACGGUAACAGCAAUCAUAAAGAGAGCUACAGGCGAGAUUCGGAAUCAAGUCCUGGUUUUGAUGAUAACACAUCGAACAGUACACUGUCAGCCGCAUCACCCGAUCCAGCCUACAGUUCAUCGUACAAUUCGAAUGGUUCGCGCAUUCAAACGACCACACUCACAAGCAAUUUCAGUCGUGCAUCGGUUGAAUCUUGGGCUGAAAAGCAUCAUGCUCCACCAUCAUCAAAUCAUUUGAAACCAAAACCUCGAUUAACGCCAAAAAUCGAAGGCCAUUUGGCAAGCUACGAAACGAAAUUGAAUGAUUCGCAUGCGGACCAAGACGAACGCAAUGCCAAUGUGAACGCCGAUAAAAUCGAUUUGCCGAAAAUUGAUAUUUCAUCGCGGCGUGAACUCUUCGAAAAGGAGCAACGAGCCCAAUUCAACCGAUCCAUUGACACAAAGAAACCAAUCGUAUUGACAGAGAAUGCACAGGCACCAGCCAGUAUCAAAGAGCGUCUGUCACAUUUGGAAAAGCGAAAUGAUGAACCGAAAGACGUGAUGCCAACCAAACCAAAUCGAUAUUCGGGAGACUUUAGUGGUGUACGUGAACGUUUUUCGCACGGGGAAAACGGUCAAUUUGUGACGAUUGAGCCGAAAGCGCCAAAAAUUGAUGUUCCAGUCGUUCCGCUGAAAGAGCGUCUGAUGAAUCUCGAAUCGUCAAUGGUCGUCACCAGUGAAACACCAACAUCGAACGGGAAACUCGAGCAUCGAACAAAGAAAAUGGUCGAACCAAAGGCAAUCGCAUUCAACAAGCCCGAAGAGAACAAUUUAAAGGUGAUUGAUAACAACAAUGAAAGCACAACAUCGUCGCCGAUUCAUGUCGACGAAGCGUCGCAUCACUUGAAAGACGACGAAGACAGCGGUAUCAAUUCAGAUGAUUUACAGUCAAGUUUAGCAUCGCAACAAAGUCAACCCCAACAAGUGGUCGAAGAAGUGGUGAUCCGUACAAAAACUGUGACCGCCGUAAUGUCAUCGCCGCCGUUGUCGCCACGCAGUGAAAAACCAAACGAACCGGUACCAGCUGCACGCAAGCCUGAAGUUAUGCCACGUCGUCAAAUCACACCCGAUCUCGUGAAAAUCACAUCGAACUUGAAUCUCGAAGAUGAUUUAUUGCAGUCACAAGAUGAGAUCGAUGAUGAGGCGGACAAUAGUGUGAUUGAUGCGUUGGAUAUUGCAUUGAAUGCAAUCGAUACGGAGAAACCGAACGAGCUAAUCAACAUUGCGACGUCAUUCGAUGAAAUUUAUGAGGAAAUAAAUGAAUUCAAACCAUUGAAGGCAACGACGACGUCAACACGCGGCAGUACAAUUGCCGCACCGAGCAAAGAGAAAGCAACAGCAGUAGCAGUAGCACCGGUCGCUGUUGGAAGUGCAAAAGCGACGACGACGACGGCGACAGCCGCAAAAACAAUUGAGUUGAGCCCAAGUAUUGGGUCCUCCAAUGGAUCUAUGGUGGAAACCGUUGACGAGCCAUAUUAUCAAGUGCCGAAAAAGCAAAACGAGUCAUACUAUGAAGUACCAAAAUCGCGACCGAUUCCAGUCUACGAGAAUGUCGACAUGUACUAUGACAACAUGGCCUCGUCACAUAAGCUUAGUUCUCCAACGACGACAAAACUUCCCGUUCCGCUUGAAAUCGGAACGAAAGCGGCCGCAAUGCAACCGCCAAAAGAGAAGCCACCACCACCGCCCGUCGAAUCGAACGAUGAGGAAGAGAGUGAAUGUGCCGAAGAAGAACCAUUGCCGCAAGACGCAAUGAAACGUAUCAACUCGACGAAACGUAUUAAAAAGGAAAUUCGUAACAAGCGAUCCAGUUUUUUGGGCAUUGAGGGCAACGACGACGAAAGUUUCCUCGAAUUGAGUGUUGCACCACCGCCCGAUAUGGCGGCAUUGCUGCAAGAAGAGCGUCGCAUCGAAAAGCAAUUGUAUAUGAAAGCCGGUUUGUAUGACAGUUCGGAUACGGCCGAAAGCCGUGAUUCUGGUGUAUCGGAGAAUCAUUCGCGUCAGAGCAGUGAACCCGUUACAUCAUCGUCCGAAGAACAAGAUUCCAAUCGGCCGGAAAUUAUUAGCGCACUUGAAAAAGACAAAAAACUACUGGAAGCCGGUAAAAAUGCAUUGGCUAUGGAGUGCCGUGUGCUUGGCACACAGCAAUGGGUUUAUAACGAUGGUUUUGCACAGAAUGACGACGACAUCGAUCCGAUUUUAAAAGCAUUGGAUGAACGAGAACGCGCCAGGUGCAUUGAUGAUCAAAACCAAGAAGAGGCCGACAUUUUGCGCGUGGAACGUGAACUAUUGCAAUUGGAACAGGAGGAAAUGAAGCGCAAAAACAUGAUGAAUCGCAAAUUGUACGAACAGCAACGCAUGCAUGCAGAGCAACAAGAGGUCGAACUUCGACGCUCGUUGCAAGAUGUCAAUGGCAAUGCCAAUUUGUAUGCCAAUGUCUACAACAACAACAACAAUAAUGACGAUUAUCAUCUUGUGCAACCGAAUCAUCGAAAAUCGAUGCCAAAUCUACAGGAUAUGACAUUGCGUGAAGCGCCCGAAGAAAAUGAUCGCAUCAUACCCCCAAUUCCACCGGCCAAGCCGUUACGCGUGCAAGAGUACUUAAAGUAUGGCAAACCGAUUUAUAGCAAUGGUGGUAUGAUUGAUCCAAGGACCAAUCAAUCGAUGCCAAUGCACUUGAACACAAUCCAUUCCAACGAAGACUUCCUUCCAUACGCCGUGAACAGCGGUGGCAGCAGCAAUAAUUCCAUCAAUGGCUCGUAUAGUAACAUGACUCGUCAUACAUUGCACGCAUUGAGUGCUGUACCGAAACCAAAGUUCCAAGACACAUGGGCUCACAAUAAUAACAACAACAACAACAAUUACGAAAACACGAACGAUCGUAGUUGGCACUCAAGUCGCGAUUAUAUCGAUCCAGCGGCUGAGCCAUACAUUCGGCCACGCCAAAUUAAAGAACCGAUCGGUGAUUCUUGGCUUUCUCUGCAACAAAAACGACGAUCAGAUCCACAAAAUUUCAACUAUAACACACAUUGGCUCAUACAAGAAGCGGAACAAAGACGAAUCGACCAAGCGCGUCGAUCAAGCACAUACACAAAUGGAAACGAAUGGUCACAAUUGAACAACAACAGCAACAGCAAAGUCAUCCCACGGAAAGGAAGCAGUGACAACAAACCGCUACCUGAGGCGGUCAUACAAACGCUCACUCAACGCGUUCAGAAUAAGCUUAGCGAUAAGAAACGGCUUGAAAGCCAGCAAAAUCACUAUCAUUAUCAUCAUCAUUCGCAUCAAACACUUGGCAGCAGCACCGAACAACUUGUCUCCCCGCAACACAAUCACACCAAUUAUCAUCAGCCACUUCAGCUGAGCAAUUCACGUUUGUCCGACGAAGCGCCACGAGAGAUUCUCAGCGUCAGCGGUAAAAAGAAGUGCUCAUAUUGCUGUGAGGAAUUAGGUCGUGGUGCCGCCAUGAUAAUCGAAAGUCUUCGUCUGUUCUAUCAUUUGGAUUGCUUUAAAUGCUGUGUGUGUCGUGUGCAAUUAGGCGAUGGCAUUACUGGAGCCGAUGUUCGAGUACGAAAUCAAAAACUUCACUGCAAUAAUUGCUUCUCCAGCGACGAUGGCGUCAAAUUCAGUUGCGUGUAGUUCCAAUUGUCAAUGUUUGGAUUUUCUAUGUUCGCUGGACGCAAACAUAACAAGUGUAUAUUAUUGUUGAAAGAAAAUAUUAUUUGUUUAAUUCGUAAGUAAAAAAAAACAAGAAGAAAUGAAAGAAAAUGCGCCUAGGCUAAGUUUGUUCUACAGACAAAUUUUUAUCAAAGUUGAUUUUGAUUAAGCACAAUAUUCUAUUCUCAAUGAAUAUGAUUUUCUUUUUUUUUAAAUUGAAGUGUAAACUUCUUUGCAAUUAUAACAACAACAAAAUAUUCAAAUAUGUUGACACAUUAUCCCAUCAUUUUUUUAGUAUGUUGAUAAUACGAUUUAACUAACGCAUGAAUGAGAAAUUAAUUGUACGUUUUUUUCACUAGUUUUUUUUUGCUUGCUUCAUUUAUUUAGAUGACCUAUUGUAUAUGGAUUUGUUUGUAUUUAAAAUGCUGAAAUUCAAUAAAUUCCCCCAUGAAAUCAAUCAAAA